CUCGCCUUCCUAUAGGCGUAGACAUUCGCCAUCUCCUGUAGGGUAUAGGUAUGGAAGGAAGAGCCGAAGGGACAGAAGCCGGUCACCUUAUUCAUCUUAUUGUUAUAGCAGGUGAUCCCGUUUAUAUUCAUGCUAUUUAUGUUAAUUUUGUUAACAUACAAGAUACUAUAAGGACUAAGGAAUAUUGUCAGAAAGGUUGGAAACUCUGGAAUUUGUCUUGCGGAAUGGAAAUACAAAUUCUUCAAGUUUUGUAUGCAGCCUAUACUUAUUUGUAUAUCAUUUGCUGCUCCUUUGACUUUACUGGAAACACUGUAGUUUGCUUUCCGUUUACAAUUAUGAUUCCCUCUUUAGAACCGGAUCCUAGCCAAGAAUCUGGUAAGGAUUGGGAAUUAGAUUAGUUGAAUGUGCCGAAUUGAAGGUGCUGCUGCAGUUGAGGGUGUGGUGUUGGCAUUUUGUAGACCAUUGCUUUCAGUUUCACUUUUACAUUGCAGUUAAACCUUUUGGUUGUCUAUGUUUGGUAUGGGUGUGAUAGUUUUCUAUUCAGAUGGCAUCAGUGCCCGACUUCCUUGAGCACUUUCUGAUAAAGAAAGUGUUGCUGAAUUAUUCCAAUAAAGUUUGAUGGUGUAUUGCUCGACAUCUUCUAUGAAAUUAUCGGCAUCUCAGUGGGCAUCUGACAUGUGAGGAACUUUCCUUUUGCUUGGAAAAAUGGAAAUAUGCUAAAUUCAUUUUGGAGCGAAAUAUAGAGAAUUCUAUGAGAGUGAUAGGAAGCAUGCUCUUCAUUAGAACCUUAAAGAUACAGUUUCUUCCCAUCACUUGAGAUGGGAAGUGAGCAGGUGAUGGGUGCCGAUGGGUUCCUUUCGUUGCUUGAAUGUGCAUUAUCUUCUUCGUGUCAUAAAUGAUGGAGCUCAAUGUUUAUCUUAACAAUGUAUGAGAAGGAAGAGUCGUUCUAUUAGUCCAUGCCGUCGCAAAAGUCGUUCUCCAUCUGCAAGACGUCGUAAAAGUCGUUCUCCAACUCCAAAUCGUUAUAAGAGGCAAAGAAGUAGGAGUUUUUCAUUGUCUCCUACUCAUAAAUCAUCUAGCCCAAGUCUUGGGUCAAUAGAGCGCAAAAAUGCUAGUGAGAAAUUGAAAAAAGAAGAGGAGGAGAGGAAAAGGCGUCAACAAGAAGCAGAACUGAAACUGAUAGAAGAAGAGACUUCUAAGAGAGUGGAAGAAGCAAUUCAGAAAGAAGUUGAAGAGAGAUUGAACUCUGAAGAAAUCAAGCAGGAAAUUCAGAAGCGGUUAGAGGAGGGACGGAGAAGACUUAAUGAUGAAGUUGCAGCUCAACUUGAAAAAGAGAAGGAAGCUGCUCUUCUUGAGGCUAGGCAAAAGGAGGAGAAAGCUCUAAAAGAGAAAGAAGAGUUGGAAAAGAUGCUUGAAGAGAACCGAAAGCGGGUGGAAGAAGCUCAGAGAAGGGAAGCACUAGAACAGCAGCGGAGAGAGGAGGAACGUUAUCGGGAACUAGAGGAGCUUCAAAGACAAAAGGCAGAGGCCAUGAAGAGGAAGAAGCAGCAGGAGGAGGAAGAACGUUUAAAUCAGAUGAAAUUAUUGGGAAAGAACAAAUUGCGACCAAAGCUGUCCUUUGCGUUCGGCUCAAAAUGACUGGCUGGAGAAGUUGUUCUAAGUUGUUACAUUAUUUGUGCUGAACUUGCUUUUGUAAUUUGAGGAUCCUGUAUUUGUCUGUCCAGUUUUGAAGUUGAAAUCUAUCCCGCUUGCUCGCCUUUGCUGCCA